GGGAGGAUCCGUUCACUACUGUGUCAAGCGGUCUGAGGCUCCGGUUCCCAUUGAGGAAAAUUGAACGCUGUAAGUGGAUGUUUUUCGCUUAUCGGUUUUGCGUUUAUCUGUCGCCCGAGACGACCGGAGAGGCUCCUACUCCUACAGCCCAGACUGCAUUUGCACUCCUGAGGCAACAACCCCAUUUAUGCUCCAGUGCCAUCUGCUUUGUGACAUUGCCAUGUGGAAGGUAACUUAAUAUUCCAUCACUGACUUGUCCGAUGUCUGAGGAUAGUGAUCCAAAGCACUACCUGUACUCAGCCCUGGAGGGGCGUGAACGUAACCGGGAAAGGGCAGGCUUGCAGGUGGAGGAAGCGCAGGGCACUCCCUGCAGCUCCAUUAGCCAACUUCACCGCAUGGCCAGCAGUUACAGUGAGGGUUGUGGCGGGCAAGAUGGGGUCGAACUCGAACCAGAGUUGGGAUUGGCCUCUGAGGGGAGCGACAGCAGCCACGAGCACCCGGCCUCACUGGGCUCCUCACAUGAUGACAGGAAGAGACCUCGCCCACCUUUGCACGAGGACGUAGAGAUGGGUGGUAGUGGCUCGAGCGGGAGCGGGACAGAAUCCCACGGUAACGAGUCACACGGCAAUGACUCCCACGGCAAUGAGUCAGUUGGCAGCUCAAAUGGCAAUGGCAAAGAUUCUGCUCUUAUGGAGUCUUCAGGGAGCAACAAGAGCUCAAACUCUCACAGCCCCUCCCCGCCAAGCAGCUCCAACGCCUUCAGUCUGGUGAGCUCUGAACAGGACAACCCAUCAACCAGCGGCUGCAGCAGCGAACAGUCAGCCAAAGCUAAGACACAGAAGGAGCUCUUCAAGACGCUCAAGGAGCUGAAGAUGCACUUGCCAUCGGAAAAGAGGAGCAAGGGCAAGUCCAGCACUGUCAACACGCUCAAAUAUGCACUGCGCUGUAUCAAACAGGUCAAAGCCAAUGAGGAGUACUACCAGAUGCUGAUGAUUAACGACAGUCAGCCACCAGGGUUUGAUGUAACAUCUUACACCAUAGAGGAAAUCAAUAGCAUCACCUCAGAAUACACCCUUAAAAACAAUGAUAUAUUCGCUGUAGCGGUGUCUCUCAUCACGGGGAAGAUUGUUUAUAUCUCUGACCAGGCAGCAUCCAUCUUGAACUGCAAGCAGGAAGUGUUCAAAAAUGCCAAAUUUGUGGAGUUCCUGACUCCUCAGGAUGUCAGCGUGUUCUAUAGCUUCACCACGCCAUACCGACUGCCCUCAUGGAGCAUGUGCACUGGAGCAGAGUCAUCUCCCACCGAGUGCAUGCAGGAGAAAUCCUUCUUUUGCCGCAUCAGCGGUGGCAAGGACCGCGAAGGAGACAUCCAGUACUAUCCUUUCCGUAUGACUCCGUACCUGAUGAAGGUGCAGGAUGCUGAGCUGGCUGAGGAACAGUUCUGCUGCCUCCUGCUGGCUGAGAGGGUGCACUCUGGAUAUGAAGCACCCAGAAUACCUCCUGAUAAGCGUAUCUUCACCACAACACACACCCCUAACUGUGUGUUCCAGGAUGUGGAUGAGAGGGCUGUGCCUUUAUUGGGGUACCUCCCUCAGGACCUGAUAGGGACCCCCGUGCUGCUCAAUCUGCACCCCAGUGAUCGACCCUUAAUGCUGGCUAUACAUCGCAAAAUUCUGCAGUUCGCUGGUCAGCCCUUCGAUCAUUCUUCGAUACGUUUCUGUGCAAGAAAUGGAGAGUACAUCACCAUUGACACCAGCUGGUCCAGUUUUGUCAAUCCCUGGAGCCGCAAAGUCUCCUUUGUUAUCGGCAGACACAAAGUCCGCAUGGGUCCUGUGAAUGAAGAUGUUUUUGCAGCACCGGCUUUCCAUGGAGGGAAGAUCAUGGAUUCAGACAUCCAGGAAAUCAGCGAACAGAUCCACAGGCUGCUGCUUCAACCGGUCCACAACAUGGGAUCCAGCGGUUAUGGUAGCCAUGGCAGCAAUGGCUCCCAUGAGCAACUGGUGAGCAUCAGCUCAUCCAGUGAAAGCAACGGGAACAUUACAGCAGGGAACAUACCAGAGGAGACAGGAAAGACCAAGCCUACAAGGACUUUCCAGGAGAUCUGCAAAGGUGUCCACAUGCUCAAGAAUCAGGACUCUCAGAUUGGCUUGUGCUCUCCAUCUCCCAGUCCCUCACCGUCUCCGCUCAAACCUGAGCAGAAGAAGACCUCUGACACAUUGGCAGCUCAUAGAAGUUCAGUUACACGCCCAAAGGAUUCAGCAUUCCCUCUGCAGGCCAGAGACAGUACUGCAGCCAGCAUGGAGGACUUCACCUACAAAGACCAGACUGUGUGCUCCUACCAGCAGAUUAGCUGCCUGGAUAGUGUCAUCAGGUAUCUUGAGAGUUGUAAUGUACCCAUCACCGUGAAAAGAAAGUACCAGUUCUCCUCAAAUGCCACCUCCUCCAACUCAGAUGAUGACAAGAAGGGUUCAGAGGAUGGCAUGCAGGUGCCUCAGGAUACAAAUGCAGAUCCCUUGAUGCUGGAUUCCCAGCCAGGCCUGUCAAGCAUGAAAGCACUAAAGAAGCCUCCAUCUGGAGCAGCUGCUGUGGUGGGAGGGCCCCUGGCACCCCUCACUCUGCCCAGUAAGGCUGAGAGCGUGGUGUCCAUCACCUCUCAGUGCAGCUAUAGCAGCACCAUCGUGCACGUGGGAGACAAGAAGCCUCAGCCAGAGUCUGAGAUAAUUGAGGAUGUUGCAGAGAGCCCAGCGCCCCCUGCUCUGCCUGUCAGUAUGGUGUCUCCACCCCUCCAAGAAAAGGAGUCCUACAAGAGGCUGGGACUCACCAAGCAGGUGCUGGCAGCACAUACCCAGAAGGAGGAGCAGGCCUUCCUGAACCGCUGCAGAGAGCUCCGUAACGUCAGGAACUUCCAGAAGAACUGUUCCACAUACCUGCACAAGCACAGAGGUCCACCUGCCCAACAUAUUGAAGAAUCACCUGGACCUCAAGGCCCUGCUAAACAAGGCACCACGAGGCCAGAAACUAUUGCCAAGAAGGGCAACCGCAACAGGAAGUCCAAGAAGCCACGGAUGAAGCAUCCUGAUUCAUCGGACAGCGCUGUGUCGAACCGCAAACCACGGCCCCCCCUCCAGGGCCUCAACCAGACCUCUUGGUCCCCAUCAGAAGCAUCGCAGUCAGCUUUUAAUGUGCCCUACCCCACCAUGGUGCCUGCAUACCCGCUCUACCCACCGACAUCUGCUGCUCCGGCUCAGGCUCCCCGACCUGACCCCUCUCUCUCCACAGGCUUUGGAGAAGGGCAGAGCACCCAAGCCCCGCCUGCUGCCGCUCCAUUUCCUGCACCCAUUGUUACACCUGUGGUAGCUCUGGUGCUACCCAAUUACCUCUUCCCCCAAAUAGGACAGUUAGGCCAAAUAGGAGCUGCUCAGAGACCAACAUUUUUCCCUGAGCAGACCCAGCCACAACCUGCAUACACUGCGCAGCAGCCUUUUCAGCCCCCACAGCCACCCUACACAAUACAAACACAACCCCCGUUCACCACCCAACCACCGUUCCCUGUGCAGACUGCCUUCACCCCCCAGCAGCCAUUCCAAGCCGCUCAGACCACCUACGCUACUCAGCAGCCGUUCACUGCCCAGCCGUCUUUCCCAGUCCAGACCCAGUUUGUGGCUCAAGCCCCCUAUCCACCUCAACCUUUCUCCUACAGUCUUGCCACUGAGCCUCCCAAAGCCCCUGCAGCAGAGCCCCGAGAGGGUGCGGUAUCACGAUCUUCCACCCCUGCUUCUGGGGCGAGGGAGCCCGCCACAUCACCGCCACUGUUUGAGUCCCGCUGCAGCUCGCCCCUGCAGCUCAAUCUGCUGAGCAUGGAGGAGGGGCAGCGCUCAGUGGAGCGUCAGGAUAGUACAGUGCCUUCUGCUGGAGGACAGGGCAGCAGUGCAGCCGCAGCGUCCGGGGUCGUGGGAGCAACAGGGGAGAAGAAUGGAGGCACAGCCAAGUCUGAUAACCAACAACAGGUGGAGUCUCCAGGGGAUGGGGCUCACAGUGAUGGGAACUCCUCGUCGUGCGACUUGCUGGACAUCCUGCUGCAGGAGCAGGAAGACUCUCGCUCUGGUACCGGAUCAGCCACGUCUGGCUCCAUGGGCUCAGGGUCGGGCUCUGGACUGGGCUCAGGAUUAGGCUCAGGCUGCAUUGGCUAUGGUACCUCAGCUAGUGGAGGUUCUGGCAGCAGAACAGGGAGCAGCAACACCAGCAAAUAUUUUGGCAGUGUUGAUUCCCUUGAACACGAUCCCAAAUCCAAAACCAAGAUGAGGGGACAAGAAGGUUUUGAAGGUGGCAAGUCACAGGCCAAAGUGUCAUCUCAAGGAGAGGGAGAGCAUUUCAUCAAAUAUGUCCUACAGGAGCCUCUCUGGCUGCUGAUGGCCAAUGCUGAUGACAAGGUCAUGAUGACAUAUCAAAUGCCAUCCAGAGAUAUUCAGAGGGUUUUGCGGGAAGACAAAGAGAGGCUGAGGCAGAUGCAGAAGAGCCAGCCACACUUCACCUCGGACCAGCGACGAGAGCUAGUGGAAGAACACCCUUGGAUGAGGAGGGGGGGCCUGCCUGCCGCCAUCAAUGUUAAGGAGUGUGUGUACUGCGCGGAUGCAGCAGCGGCACCCAUCGAGGAGGACCUGCCCGACAUGGACAUGGGCGAGCUGGGCGAGGAGCUGAGUCGAGAGGGCCAGAACACUCAGAGCCAAUCAGGGGACUCUAAAUCUCAACCUGACUCUGGCUCCUGAAUGGCCAGCAGAGCCUGUGGACCUUCUUGAUGCACACAGACACACGUGUGCAGACAUAGACACUAUGUGAGACAAACAGCUGUGUGCCUGACCAUCCUGAAGAAAACACACAUGCACACUACAAGCAGAACUUUGUGUUGCCAGUGUGGUGGUUGGGAGGGUGUACGCCUGCUGUUGUGUUAGUGUGUUUUUUGGAUGCCACUGCUACUGUGGUGCAGUUCCCAAUGCACCCUGAUAGGGGGCAGUAGUACUGUGUGGGGGUUUUGUUUACAAGCUCCAGACAUCAUAUCACUUUUUCCAUCAAACACACACACACGCUUUCUUUGAAAAGAUCUGUCUCUAUUUUUUUUUUAUUUAUUUCUCUGUGAAAGGCACAGCACAUUAUAAAACUAAAGCUAAUGUCUGAGAGAUACUACUUUUUAAUAUGUAAAAAAAAUGACAAUAUAAGGGUCAAACUGUCAGAAGCAGCCUGGCUCUCCAGCCCAACAUUCUGUUUGUUUUUUCCUGAUUCAUCACAUGGUCCCAUUCAAAAACUUCCCCCCUGUUUUCCCCAUAGGAAUAGCUGAAUAGUAGAAUCGUUGGGAUGCUCACUGGAUGAUGAAAGCCAAUAGGGCGGGGACUCGCACUUUCAGAUUUUAAAUGAAUUUUUUAUCUCACUGCUGGACCUGAGAUUUUAAAGUAUGCAGGUGCAGCAGUGUUGGCACCAGACAACAACCAGCAGAGUGACGUGCGUAGCCUGGCUGUAACUUUCCUCAGCUCUGACAAUCUGAUACCUAAUAAAAGUUAUCCGUUUAAGGGUGUUAUUUAUUAUCUAGCACAUGAUCUAUUUAGAAUAAUUUUAAGUUAAAGCCAAAACCGUUCAGCUAAAAGAUAAUAUAUAAAAUGUCGACAAGCUUGGGAAUGUUUAAACCGUGGAGCUGGCUUUUCCAUUUCCCGCAGUGGGACCUGUAAGCGUUGUGGGCCUCUGCAGACCUUAAAACAACACGGGUGCUGUGACAAAGUGGACAUAAUCACAGAUCAAGAAGCUGCCAAAAUAUUUUUGUAACACAAAAGAAGCAUCAGAGAAGCGAUGCACUAAAAGUGAGGAUUUGUAGAUGUAGAGACUUAAAGCUCCAAAUCAAGCUCACAUAUUCUUUUUUUUCCUCCGAGUGAUAAGAGUGUCCUUUUUUGUUUUUGUUUUUUAUUUUUUUAAAGAGAAUUUUGCACCCAUACAUUUGAGAGUAAGGUUUGAGUAAUGUUCUUUCUGUCAGUAUGGUGCAUCUUCACUACAUGUCACUUUUAGAACAAAUAACUACAUUUUUAGGGCUUUUUUAAAAGCAGCCCUUUUCCCUCCUUUUCUGGAUCUAUUUUUGCAUCAAAAAUUAGAACCCAACGCCUGUUUUUGUUUCUUUGUUUGUUUGUUUUUUUUCUUUUUUAAUAAUGCUAGCAUAUGAAAAGAACUUGGAGUCAUGAGUCUCUGCAGGUGGAUAUGCAGCAAUACAGAUCCUACAGUACUGUGAAAGCUAUUGGCCAGAGCAAAGGUCUGAGGUCAUUGUUGAGCAGCAGCACUGAAGUCUGCAUGAAGGUAGGACAACAGUAUUACAUGUGUAGCAAAUAAUAGGGAUAUAUUUCCCUGCUGACCUUUUUGUGAAAGCAGGGUUACGCUUUGGCCCUUGAAGUGUUAAGUAAAUGGAUUCAGCCUGCCUCUGUGUAAACGAGGCAAAUCACACAACAAGUAGGAACAACUCUGGUGCUAAGGCAGUGAAACUGUUGGGCAGGGCUUGUGAGUGUACCUGGACCAAGAGCAUCUCACCAACUUUUCAUGGGUUUUUGUUUUCUUGUUAACUUAGAUGUCCUUUUUUAUUGGUCUGUUUUUCUCUUGUGUGUGUCUUUAUUUUAUUUGUGUGACCAGGGGAAGAGCUUUUUGAGUGUCACUGGGACGAACCCUACCUCUUACAAAUCCCAGGUUAUGUUACUGUAAGCGGAACAUGUAUAGAAUGUGUGUGCACGUGUGGACGAAGCACAGUGGACAGAGAGGUGUGAUACUUAAGUGAUUCCAGUGAGUGAGGGCUUGUAUGGAGAUUUUCUACCUUGGGACUGGCAAAGGAUUAUGGACUCCUUUUUACGGAGCGUACAAGAGCCUUUCACCACCUUUAGUAACUGCAUCUUUCUCUUCUCCAAGAAGCCUGCAAUGUUCACCUGUUUAUAAAUCAUCAGAUAUGUAACAAGUUAUGUUUAAAACAUGCUUUGUUUCAUAAGUUCCUAUAAAGAGGGAGGUCAUUUUUAAACGCUGGUGAUCUGUUGGACGUUCCUUGGUCUGUAAAUGCGUACACACACAGUACCAGCACGUGAUGUCGUGUAUGGUCAUGUAACUGUCUCAUUGCCACUGUGAGUCUGUGGUAUAAUAAACUUGCAAAUUUC